UGCCAUCCAUCCGUCAUUUUGAAAAUUUUUGACACAUCGUUGCCCGUUGGUUUUUUGUUUGUUUGUGUUAGGGUUAGGUUAGUUUCACUUCAAAAUCACCUUCACCCCGGUUUCAUCUAAAGAAAUAAGAAAUUUUGUUUGAGACUUACAGGUCAUAGUCUUGUUUCCAAUUAAUCAGUUGAAUUUAUAAAGUGAAAAAUACCAAAAAAAACCAACAUGCCAAGGAAAAGGGCCAAAAUUAAUUACAGUGAAUACAGUUCUCAAUGCAGCUCCUCUGACGACUCCAACAGGAAAAAUCAAGGUCUCGGCCUAGAUCAAUUCAAUGAGAAACAACCACAAAAGAAAGUAGGGCGCCCAAAGGGUAAACCAGCUAAAAAAAACAGCAGAACUAAAAAACAAAAAAACACAGUGAGCUGGGCCUGCAGGAAAGGCCAAGCUCAAAAUUUGUCACCAGCACAGUCUACAUCAACUUCUGAGCAUACUGUUACCGAGACUGUUACAUACUCUAGCUCACUAGCAACAAAUAAUGAUGAUUAUCUGGACAGAAGUGAGGAUCAAAGUGUGGACUUCAGUAAAGCAGCAAAAAAUAGAAUUGACAAUUUCUUGAAACGAUUUCAAUCUGAUGAUGAAGAGGAUAAUCAUAAUGUACCACCUACUCAGGCACCAUCUGGAGCAGCGACUAGCUCUAUUAAAAGUGCUGCUUUCUAUAGUUUGUCCGAUUUCGAAGAAUUGGAAAAAUCUGCUAGUGAUAAAAGUCCUGAUGCAAGUCCUGCUAGGGGUUCUGAUAAAGGUAUGGAUAUAAUCAGCUCUUUCCUAGUCCCAUCAUCACCAAAGCCGAGCACCAGUGGCUUAACAACAUUUGCAAAAGUUCUAAAUAAACCUACUGAAGAAACUCCACAAGAUUCCUUUGCCUAUGUUGAAUCUCUUUUAACCUCUAGUGACGAAAGUGAUGUAGAGGAAAAACCUAAAGAAUUGACCCUUGCAGAAUUGAAGAAAAAAACUGAUGAAAUUUUGAGAGACGUCGAGUUGUCUAUCGAAGCCUUGCAUCCAAAGCCUGAUCCAAAACCUCCAGCUGCAGAAAUUGAGGCUCCCUCUUGUCCAGUUUGCUUAGACCAAUAUGAUGCAGGGCCUCGGCAAGCAAUGACAACACUAUGUGGCCAUGUUUUCUGCAAAACCUGUAUCACCAAUGUAGUUAGGGUUUCUAAAAAAUGCCCUACCUGCAGAAAAGGCCUCACCAAGAAUAAAUACCAUCCAGUUUAUAUUUAGUCUUAAGUCUUUACAAUGUUAUUUUUUCAUAUUAUAUACCAAGGGAUUAUUUUUCAGCACUCAACACAACAUUACCCAGUUCUCAAAUACUUAUUUAUUUUAAUUUUUAAAACUGAUUAAAUAUAAAUUUAUAAAAUUUUGGGAUUAAACUGAUUUCUGCUUCUGCAUGUAAAUAUGAAGUAAAUUGCAUUCAAUUCAUCAUAUUAGUUAGGUUAGAUUCGCAAAUUGGCGCGGGUUCCUAGUUCAAAAAUUAAUACAUUGAUGUCUUAUGGGGACUCAAUUUUAAAAGCGUCUGUAGACGUGAUAGAACGUUUGUUACGGAAUUGAGUAUAAAUAGUUUUUUUAAUAUGUUAAUUAACUGAGAGAGUGUUUGAAAGUUGAAUAAACAUUGUUAAAAUUAAAAUAUUACCAAUUUAAGAAGCCGAUGUUUUUAUUAGGCAUU